GCCGACGCGGGGCUGGGAGCGAAGCCCGCAGUCCCGACCUGCGCAGAGCCAGGUGUUGCUUGCCCAGCCGGUCGAGGAGCGCGGUGGCGACGGGUGAUCUUAACUGGGGACUUGGUUCGGAGGGACGUCCGCUUCUGGUAGCCGGAUUGAGGAAAGAAUCUUUGGGUGGCCCAGAGAGAGGAAAGCUGACUGAAGGCCCAGCUGUUCAGAUCCCUGUGGAUAUACUGCCUGCUCAUCUAUAUCAUGGCCCUCCACCCCCGCAGAGUUCGGCUGAAGCCCUGGCUGGUGGCCCAGGUGGAUAGUGGCCUGUAUCCUGGGCUCAUCUGGCUACACAGGGACUCCAAACGCUUCCAGAUUCCCUGGAAGCAUGCCACCCGGCACAGCCCCCAACAAGAGGAGGAAAAUACCAUUUUCAAGGCCUGGGCUGUGGAGACAGGGAAGUACCAGGAAGGGGUGGAUGACCCUGACCCAGCUAAAUGGAAGGCCCAGCUCCGUUGUGCUCUCAACAAGAGCAGGGAAUUCAACCUGAUGUACGAUGGCACCAAGGAGGUGCCCAUGAACCCAGUGAAGAUAUAUCAAGUGUGUGAUAUCCCCCAGCCUCAGGGGUCGAUCAUUAACCCAGGAUCCACUGGGUCUGCUCCUUGGGAUGAGAAGGAUAAUGAUGUGGAUGAAGAAGAUGAGGAAGAUGAGCUUGAUCAGUCACAGCACCAUGUUCCCAUCCAGGACACCUUCCCCUUCUUGAACAUCAAUGGUUCUCCCAUGGCACCAGCCAGUGUGGGCAACUGCAGUGUGGGCAACUGCAGCCCUGAAGCAGUGUGGCCCAAAACUGAACCCCUGGAGAUGGAAGUACCCCAGACACCUAUACAGCCCUUCUAUAGCUCUCCAGAGCUGUGGAUCAGCUCUCUCCCAAUGACUGACCUGGACAUCAAGUUUCAGUAUCGUGGGAAGGAGUAUGGGCAGACCAUGACUGUGAGCAACCCUCAGGGCUGCCGGCUCUUCUAUGGGGACCUAGGUCCCAUGCCUGACCAGGAGGAGCUCUUUGGUCCCGUCAGCCUGGAGCAGGUCAAGUUCCCAGGUCCAGAGCAUAUCACCAAUGAGAAGCAGAAGCUGUUCACCAGCAAGCUGCUAGAUGUCAUGGACAGAGGACUGAUCCUGGAGGUCAGCGGUCACGCCAUUUAUGCCAUCAGGCUGUGCCAGUGCAAGGUGUAUUGGUCUGGGCCAUGUGCCCCAUCGCUUGUUGCCCCCAACCUGAUUGAGAGACAAAAGAAGGUCAAACUAUUCUGUCUGGAAACAUUCCUUAGUGAUCUCAUUGCCCACCAGAAAGGACAGAUAGAGAAGCAGCCACCAUUUGAGAUCUACUUAUGCUUUGGAGAAGAAUGGCCAGAUGGGAAACCCCUGGAAAGGAAACUCAUCUUGGUUCAGGUCAUUCCAGUGGUGGCUCGGAUGAUCUACGAGAUGUUUUCUGGCGAUUUCACACGAUCCUUUGACAGUGGCAGUGUCCGCCUGCAGAUCUCAACUCCAGACAUCAAAGAUAACAUUGUUGCCCAGCUGAAGCAACUGUACCGCAUCCUCCAAACCCAGGAAAGCUGGCAGCCCAUGCAGCCCACCCCCAGCAUGCAGCUGCCCCCUGCCCUGCCGGCCCAGUAGUUGUCAAUGCCGUCUUCCUUCUCUUUUUUUACAGUAUUGUACAUAUGGUUAUUUUUUAUUACUCAGAUUUAACCAGCUUUAGGACCUCUCUUCCUUCUAACAAUGUUAGUAGUCUGACUCUCCAAAUAUGCCUAGCUUUUAAAGUUGAUUUAAUUUAUGGAGAAAUCGCCCUUUGUACUUUCCCUUUUUUAAACCUCCCAACACUAGUCUAAUGUAGUAGAAGGAGAUUUGGCCUGGGAGUUUGGACACCAGGGUUCUAGCAGCAGCUUGGCUUCCAAUAGUGUGACCUUGAGCCAAGUCAUUUAACCUCUGGGCUUCAGAUUCAUCACUGUGAAGUGAAGGGGUUGGAAUGAUGCCCGAAAUUGCAUCCAGCUUUAAAACUCUGAUUUGAUGACUACAUUCUACUUGUAUAAGGCAAAACCGCCUGGAACAGAACCCUUCUGCAUUGUUCUUGUACCACAUUUUUUUCUUGGCUUUCAUUAAAGUUCCCUCAAGCACUGA